AGUAACCCGAGGAGUCAAAGCCAUUGGAAAUUGCUCUGUCCAUCCAAAAAGAAUUCCAAUGAUCGCAAACCCCAUUUAGAAAGGUCGUUUUCAUCAAGUGUUGUUUCAGAUUCAUAUCAGAACUGAAUUAACUUUACCACAGAAACUGUCAUUGUCAGCAACAAUUUUUUUCUGGAAUCACUGUUCAAAGAUACUGAAAUCUUAAGUUUUUUCUCAAACCCCUUUUGAUAUUUUACUCAAAGGGUGAUUACUUCAAGUUUUACAGAGUAAUUCAGCAUUGAAAGGUUUCAACUUUGAACCAGAAAAGUUAUACAGAAAGAGAAACAAAAAAAGCAACAAAAAGAUUGUGAAACAAAAAAAAAUUGAAAAUUAUGGGCAAGGCUACUAGGUGGUUGAAAGGGUUGUUUGGAAUGAAGAAAGAGAAGGAACACAGUAUCAAAUCAGGAUCAUUGGUUCCAGAGAAGAAACAAUCAGUGAAGGAUGAUCACAUUGAUCAGAAUCAUCAUCACAUUACUCAAACCAGUGAUCAACCCUUUGAUGAUGAUUGGUACAAAUCCUAUGUUGCUGAAAAACAGGAUGAGUACAACAAACAUGCAAUUUUUGUGAGGUCCUUAAGUCAUGGCAGAGGCACAUUGUUAUGUAGAAGCAUGGAGUGGUGGGCUGCUGUAAAGAUUCAAUCUUUUUUCAGAGGAUAUUUGGCAAGAAAGGCUCAUAGAGCACUAAAAGGACUAGUUAAAAUACAAGCUCUUGUUAGAGGCUUCCUAGUUAGAAAAAGGGUUGCUGCAACACUUCACAGUAUGCAAGCUCUAAUGAGAGCUCAAGCCGUUAUCCGGUUGCAACGAGCCCGUAAUUCCAUUGACAACAAGGAGAACAUAUCUCAAUAUGAAAUCCGUCAAAGAAAACAUGCGCAAAUGUUUGAUGAAACUAGAAAUGAACAACACAAAAAAUGGCUUAACAAUUCCUCUAGUAGAUUUGUUCAGAACCAGAAAAUUGUUCUGAUUGAUCCUCACAGGUCUCAUUCAAGAUUUCGAUGCGAUGGUGCUACAAUGUCUGACUGUGGAGAUAAUCUGCAUCACUUCUAUGAAGCAAAUGCAUCCUCUCUUCCUUAUCAAAUUCCCAGUCGAAUAUCGGUUCAUGAAUGUCAACAUUCUCAAGAUUCUGAAUGGUGUUUCCAUAAUAAUGUUAAUGACCGCAAACUCUAUACUGCUCAUAGCACUCCUCGGUUAUCGAAUUCUUCGCAAGCGAAUACUCCAGUGAAGAAUGUUUCCGGAGAUGCAUUGUUCUCGCCUUACUCCAAUUUUCCUAACUACAUGGCUAAUACUCAUGCAUCUAAGGCAAGAGUAAGAUCUCUUAGUGCACCAAAGCAAAGACCUGAGAUUAAGAAAAGGGUUCCACUUGAUGAAAUAAUGGCUGCAAGAAAUAGCAUAAGUUGUGUUAGAAGGCAUUGCUAAUAAUCCAAUUCACAAACUCAAGAAUUUUGUUUCGUCUUUUCUUUGCUUACAACUUGUAGAUAAUGGAAUAUCUAUUUGCAUAGGCAUAAGAGUUCAUUUUACAUCGUGUGUUUAUUUUUUUCUUCUUAGUUCUUACAAAGAAUUUGGUUUGUUUGGUUAUUUUAUUAUGGUAUAGAUAUGGAAACUUAUUCGUGGAUGGUUUGUGGUUGUUUAGAAUUCAAACAAUUUCACAAUGAUCGCAGUGAAAAUGAAAGAGAUUUUAAUAA